UUUCAGCUGGUGCGCACAGCAACAGCUGUUUCGGGAAUGCACUUGACGUAACUUAAGGCCAAGUUUUGUUUUCAAUUUGUUUUGUUAUAGCCGAAAAUAGUUUCAAAACCGGUUUUUAAAGUCUUUCGCAUAAACUGCAGCAACAUACAGUUAUUACACACACACACACACAGUCGCUGGGCAAAAGAAAGUUUUGACGCAAUCGCAUGGCCGUUACUUGUAAUUUGUAAUGAAGAAGCGUCGUGGUCGUGCGGCCGCGCAGCUAAACAGUUAGCACUGCACUCUGGCAGCGAACAGUCGAAUUUAUUGACGAACGACUUUUGUGGAUAUUUGGCAUAUUUUUAAGCAUCAGCCCUGCCAACCAGACAACAAAACAACAACAAAAGUGAAAUCGCCGAUAAGACGCCCCCAUCCCUGAAUGAAUGAAUUUGUGAAUUAAGUCUGAUUGAAGACUAUGUCAAAAUUGGCGCGCAUGCGACCAUAGCGAAACCAAAAGGAAAAAAGAAACCACAACACCAGGCAUACGAGGUGCCUAGUGAAACAAACGACUGACACGCGCUCCACUGGGCAUGACACCUUAAAUGCCAUUGAAGACGCAGCCGCAGCAAUAAAAGUGAAAUCAGCACGAAAACCCGCACGCACAGCCACACCAAAAGAGCCAUUGACAUCGAUACAGUUAGUUGAAAAGACAGCAAGCAAUAUGACGCCGGCGGUAACUAGCAGUAAUGGGACCGUAUCAGCGUGUGCCUCGCCCACAUCCACACCGGUCAGUCAACGUCGCAAACACAGCGCACGUGAGCAACUGCAGCAAAUUGUUGCCGGUGGCAUGGCGGCCGCUAUUACACGUUCCACCUGUCAGCCCCUGGAUGUGCUCAAGAUACGCUUUCAGCUGCAGGUGGAACCAUUCAGGACAACAGAACAUAACUUAGUCCUACCAAGCAACCAAUCCGAUAUGCGAUUACAGUCUUCUAAAUACACGUCUAUUAUUCAAGCUGUGCGCACCAUUUAUCGCGAGGAGGGCCUGUUGGCCUUCUGGAAAGGUCACAAUCCUGCCCAGGUGUUGAGCAUUAUGUACGGCAUCUGUCAGUUCUGGACAUACGAGCAGCUUAGCUUGGUAGCCAAACAAACCAACUACCUCAAGGAUCACCCACAUCUUUCAAAUUUCAUGUGCGGCGCUGCAGCGGGCGCUGCAGCAGUGAUCAUUUCCACACCUUUAGAUGUUAUACGCACACGCCUGAUUGCCCAAGACACUAGCAAAGGAUAUCGCAAUGCAACACGUGCCAUCACGGAUAUUAUGCGGCAGGAGGGACCACGUGGAAUGUACCGCGGCUUGUCCUCGGCCCUGUUGCAAAUUGCGCCCUUGAUGGGCACCAACUUUAUGGCCUAUCGUUUGUUCAGCGAAUCGGCAUGCACUUUCUUUGAGGUGGACGACCGUAGCAAUCUGCCUACUUGGACGCUUUUGGUGCUAGGCGCCUCGUCGGGCAUGUUGUCCAAGACAAUUGUGUAUCCGUUUGAUUUAAUCAAGAAGCGUCUGCAAAUCCAGGGCUUUGAGCAAAAUCGCCAAACAUUCGGACGUACCCUUCAAUGCAAUGGUGUUUGGGAUUGUCUUCAGUUAACGGUGCGGCAGGAGGGCGUAUGGGGUCUGUACAAGGGCGUUGCUCCCACGCUGCUCAAGUCAAGCCUGACAACGGCCUUGUAUUUUAGCAUUUACGACAAGCUUAAGCAGGUGCGCUUCUGGUAGGCGCCGCAACAGUUUUCUAUUUAGCACUUAAGUAGUGAAAAAGUUCACAGCACAGAAUCUAUUUUUGUAUGCAAUUUACAAUUUACUCUGUAAAUGAUACCAACCAUAGUUUCUCUGUUAAUUAGUUAUCGUUUUUAGUACGGGGUUGUUUUAUGUUAAGAAGUAUCUGAUUAAACCAUGCGCCAACCUAUAAACUAUAUGCACAAAUGCAUAGACGAUACAGAAA